AUUGCCUCGCAUCAAUUACUAGUGCUUUGCCUUGGUUUCUUAUUUAGCCAUCCUAUAUCAGAGUUGCUUUCUACAAUUAAAUUGAAGUUAUGUGUCUAAUUUUUUUUUUAAUGUUUUGGGAUCCUUUCAUUGUUGAAAUUGCCGAUUCAGCAAUAGUUGGACCAACUCCUCACUGAUAGUGAUAGAAUUAUAGCAGAGCUACUGAAUUCCUCAACAGUAGCAGCUAGAGAAGAAGCCUCACUCAGAUUGGGCAAAAGGCUCAGGAAUCUUCCCUAAACAGAUUAAGAUAGAAAGACUAGAAAUUUUUUUUCUCCUAAAUUCAGGGUCAAAAGACUAAACACUAUGGGAAGUCUUGCAACAAAUUAGAGGAAAUCAGGCCAGAUUCUUCCCAGUUCACCCCUGCACAGACUUGAAUUCUUGGCAUGAUCCUGAUUUCCCCAAAGAACAUGGUAUGUUAAAGAAGGGAGCAAAGAGAGUGUGUCAAGGAUGGGAAGUCCCAGCUUAGCUGGCCAAGAUGUGGUUCAUUUGUCUUUAAAGUUUUAAAAGAACUAAACCUGGCCUUUGGCCAUAAGAACUCUAAAGACUCCUCCUUUGCUUCUCUGGCCACCUCACCCUGAUCAGUGGACCCAAGUCACUGCCGCAAAAUGGCCUGGUUGUCUCUGAGAACCCUGAUGCCCAGCCUUCACUGGCGCCCAGGCAUGAGGCUGUUCAGCCUCUCGAUCCAGGCCCUUCUGACUGUACUCCUUCAGUUCCUCUCCCUAAACAAUUAGUUAAAUCUAGCAAGAAAGACACCCUGUUGUCUCCCCACCUGCCUGCAAGGAGGUUCCUCCUCCUCUUCUUGAUUCAGAGCAGAAUUUGGCUCCUUCUGCCCCUCCCCCUUACAUGCCCCUCUUAGCUCAUAGCCCCACUUGGGUAGCAUCUCUACCCCCUCCCCCACCAUGGAAGACUAUCCAGGCUCUGCCUUGCCCUGCUCAGCUUCUCGCUGCUCACUGCCCAAACCUACCCUGUCCUCCCCCUUGCUCAACUUCUCCCCCUCCCUCCCCAACUCCCUGGCCAAGGUCAGACCUUCAGACUUGCUGUGCCCUUCCCUUGAGGUUAUGGAUCUGGGGAGCCUCCCUUUUAUUGUGGUGAUAAAUGGGUCAAGGGCAGGCCUGGCAAGCCAUGGUGAACUUUGACCCAUUUUGAGAAUGUGCUGGGCCAGCCACAAGGCUGGGGAAAGCUUGGACUGACACCUUCCUUGUAUGGACAAGGAUCUGCUUCUCCUGUGAUGAAGUAAUGAGGGGGGAGUUGAGGUCUCCAAAGUCCCCCUCCUCAGUGCUUAUUAUGAAUCUGAGAAUUAAUCUCUUCUGCCCCCCAAAACCACACAAAUAUUUUAUAUGUUUUAAACUAAAAAUGUACUUUAUAUUUAACAAAUAAACAUAGAUAAUAAGAAAGAAUGUAAAGAAAUAAACUUGCUUAUGAAACGUUAUUUACCUUCAAGGUCAGGUGAAGAUGCUGGCAGAAAAAGUUUUCAUUUUGUGCCCGAUAAUAUUGCUUAACAUAACUUCCUCUCUACACACGUAAUGCUACAUUUAAAUGUAAAAUAGACUUUACACAUUACUUGUGAUGUGUAACUAUUGCUAAACUUAAUUGCUAUUUUUUACUUAUCAUCAUUUUCUUCAUUGAAUUUUGGCAGUUUUGCCACACUUUCCUCGAGUUCACUUGGAGGCUGUUUCAACAAAAACUUUUCCAUGGAAGGUUGUGUUAAAGGGAUUUUCUUAGUCUCUCCCUGUGUCUCCCUCAGAGGCCAGAGAGCAGGUUUCUAAGUAGAUCAGAACUGACAGGAGUCAGUGAGCCAGAGCUGAAGAUUCCGUUACCAGGGAGACCAGCCUGAGGAGAGGAAGUAGCCGCCCUCUGACAGGAAGUUAGGUGGGACAGUUGGUCAGUGAGGAGAUAAAGGAAGCAGCUGCUGACUGUUGGGGGUCUGCUGUGUCUCUGUGUUUGUUCAUCCCCUUAAAGGACCACAGAAAAGGGACAAAUACAAAAGUGCUGGAAUCAGGUGCACAAAGAGGAAGUCUCCCUACCCUGGGGCUCCCACCUCCUGAGGGACCACAGUCUGGCCCAAGCAGAGACCCUGGAGCCAGAGGGAAUGGCCCCUGGGACCCAGAGGCCCCUAUCCCAGGGGUCGAUAACAUUCAAGGAUGUGGCUGUGGACUUCACCCAGGAGGAGUGGCGCCUGUUGGACCCUUCUCAGAAAGAGCUGUUCAGGGAGGUGAUGCUGGAGAAUGUACAGAAUCUACUCUCUGUGGAUGCAGAGACUAAUUUUGAAGCAAAGGAGAUGUCUACAAAGCUAAACUUUUUUGUUGAAGGAUCUGGCUUUCCACGAGGCAUGAAUAAGGGUCCCUGUGACUUCCUUUUGAGAGAAAUCUGUGACUCUAAUAUGAAGGUAAAUAAAAAUCCAAAGAAUGACUGUGAAUUUCAUGAAGUUGCAGAGAAAUUCAGCCACCUUUCAGUCCUAAAUCAGUCUACAAAACAGACCUUAGUAAAUGACUAUUGUCUCAAUAGUGAUUAUACCAAAUGCUUUGCUGAAAAAGUAGGAUUUAAUCAGUCACAUGAGAAGCCUCCUGAAAUGCCCAUGUAUCAAGAUAACUUAGGGAGAAUCACCUAUGACUUGAGAUUAGCCCUCACAAGACAUUCAAAAAGUAAACAUAGAGAGAAGCUUUCUGUGAGUAAUAAAGAUGGGAGACCUUUCAUUCAGAAUUAUGAGUUUGGUUCCUAUCAAAUAAUCCACUCUGGAGAGAGACCUUAUCAAUGUAAAGAAUGUGGAAAGGCUUUCACACAGAGGGGUAAUCUUGUUAGACAUCAGAGAAUCCACAGUGGAGAGAAACCUUACAAAUGUACACAGUGUGGAAAGGCUUUCACAGAGAGUAGCUCUCUUGCUAGGCAUCAGAGAAUCCACACUGGAGAGAAACCUUAUGAAUGUACUCAGUGUGGAAAGGCUUUCAUUCACAGGGAGAGUCUUGCUGCACAUCAGAGGAUCCACAUUGGAGAGAAACCUUAUGAAUGUACACAAUGUGGAAAACCUUUCACACGGACGUGUGAUCUUGCUAAACAUCAGAGAAUCCACAGUGGAGAGAAACCUUAUGAAUGUACACAGUGUGGAAAGGCUUUCACAGAGAGUAACUCUCUAGCUAGGCAUCAGAGGAUCCACACUGGAGAGAAACCUUAUGAAUGUACUCAGUGUGGAAAGAUUUUCACACAGAGGGGAGAUCUUGUUAGACAUCAGAGAAUCCAUACUGGUGAGAAACUUUAUGAAUGUACACAGUGUGGAAAACCUUUCACACGGAUGUGUGAUCUGGCUAAACAUCAUAGAAUCCACUCUGGAGAGAAACCUUAUGAAUGUACACAGUGUGGAAAAGCUUUCACACAGAGGGGUAAUCUUGCUAAACAUCAGAGAAUCCACUCAGGAGAGAAACCUUACGAAUGUAUGCAGUGUGGCAAGGCUUUCACACAGAGAGGUAAUCUUGCUAAACAUCAGAGAAUUCAUUCAGGAGAGAAACCUUAUGAAUGUUCACAGUGUGGAAAGGCUUUCACACAAAGGGUUAAUCUUGCUGCACAUCAGAGAAUCCACUCUGGAGAGAAACCUUAUGAAUGUACACAAUGUGGAAAGCCUUUCACACGAAGGGGUAAGCUUGCUGCACAUCAGAGAAUCCACACUGGAGAGAAACCAUAUGAAUGUACACAGUGUCGAAAGGCUUUCACAGAGAGUAGCUCUCUUGCUAGACAUCAGAGAAUACACACUGGAAAGAAACCUUAUGAAUGUACACAGUGUGGAAAGGCUUUCAUACACAGGGUGAGUCUUGCUGCACAUCAGAGUAUCCACACUGGAGAGAAACCUUAUGAAUGUACACAGUGUGGAAAGGCUUUCAUACACAGGGUAAGUCUUGCUGAGCAUCAGAGAAUCCACACUGGAGAAAAACCUUAUGGAUGUACACAAUGUGGAAGGGCUUUCUCACGGAGGGGAGAUCUUGCUAAACAUCAGAGAAUCCACUCUGGAGAAAAACCUUAUGAAUGUACACAAUGUGGAAAGAUUUUCACAGUGAGGGGUCAUCUUGUUAGACAUCAGAGAAUCCACACUGGAGAGAAACCUUACAAAUGUACACAGUGUGGAAAGGCUUUCACACAGAGGCAAUAUCUUGCUGUACAUCAUAGAAUCCACUCUGGAGAGAAACCUUAUGAAUGUACACAGUGUGGAAAGGCUUUCACACGAAGGGACAAUCUUGCUGCACAUCAGAGAAUCCACUCUGGAGAGAAACCUUAUGAAUGUACUCAGUGUGGAAAGGCUUUCACACACAGCGUGAGUCUUGCUAAGCAUCAGAGAAUCCACACAGGAGAGAAACCUUUUGAAUGUAAUAAAUUCAGAUAGAUUUUCUCUUAAUCCUCUUCUGUUGCUUCAUGUCCAGAAAUCCCCACUGGAGAGAAACCUCAUGAGUGAGACUGAGAUUAUAGUUGCCACUCUUAGCUUAUGUAACAUAAGAGGAUCCACACUAGAGAAAAACUUUAGGAAUUUGAUCAAUGUGGUACGGCCUUCAGGCAACAAUCAUCUCUUUUUCCCAAGCAAGAAUUCCUUUUGGAAUGAAAUCUGACUCCUAUCAUGAAUGAAGAAAGAAAUUUAAAUGGAGAGUCCAGAACUUGUUCAGUAGGAGAAAAUGUCUUCUGAACAGAUCAUUUCCAGAUGAAUUUCCUAUAGGAAGGUCAGCCAGUGAUCAUCUCUUAUUUCAUGUCAGAAGAUUCGUGGUGUAACAAAACUGUGCUCAAGUUUAUGUUUUUCUCAGGGGGAGGUUGAUCACUCUCAUUUGGAGAAGUGCAAAUGAUAACAAGUCUGAGGGACCAGCCCACUUCUAUUAGACUGGUAAUUAUGACAGAAAAGAAAAAUGACAAAAUUUGGCAGAGAUGUGAGGAGAUUGAAAAAAGAAUGAAAUUCUGGGGUUGUGAACUAAUUCAACCAUUCUGGAGAAGUCAAUUUGGAGCUAUAUCCAAAAGACAUUAAAAAAACAAAAUGGAAAAAGACCUAUGUAUACAUAUAUGUGUAUAUAUGUAUAUUAAAAAUUAAAAUUACAAAAUUCUUCAAAGUACUCUUUUCAGGGUGACAAAAGUAUCUGAAAUUAAGAGGAAACAUCAAUUGGGAAAUGGCUGAGUAAAUGGGGGCAUAUGAUUGUAAUGGAAUACUAUUAUUUUAUCAUUAACGAGAAGGAGCUGCUCAGAAAAACCUCGAAAGACUUGAGAAUCGAUUCAGACUUUUUAACUUAAUAUAAUAAAAAUGAUUCAUUUUACAUUUUGUAAAAAUUUCCCUCUCUCUUGUUUGGUCUUAUAUAUUUUUCCCUUCCCAUAGAUCUUAUAGGUAUAUUAUUUCACGUUGCUCUAAUUUACUUAUAAUAGCACUCUUCAUGUUUAAGUCAUAUACAGAUUGUGAACUUAUCUUGUUAUAAGGUAUGAGAAAUUAAUCUAAACCUAAUUUUUCCCAUACUUUUUUUCCUGUUUUCCCAGCACUUUUUGUCAAAUAGUGAGUUUUUGUCCCAAGAGCUGAGAUCUUUGGUUUUAUUGAACACUAUCUUGCUGAGGUCAUUACCCCCAGUCUAUUCCAUGAAUCCACCCUUCUGACUCUUAGCCAGUACCAUAUUGUUUUGAUGAUCAGUGUCAUUUAGUACAGUUUAAGAUCUGGUACUGCUAGGCUCCCAUCCUUCACUUUUUUUUAUUAGUUCCCUUGAUAUUCUUGAUCUUUUGUUCUUCCAGAUGAACUUUGUUAAACUUUUUUCUAAUUCUUUAUAAAAGAUUUUUAGUAAUUUGAUAGGUAUAGCACUGAAUAAUCUAAUUGAUUUGGUUAGGAUUGUCAUUUUAAUUAUAUUAGCUCAUCCUACUCAUGAAUAAUUAUUGUUUUUCCAAUUGUUUAGACCUAGUUUUAUUUGUGUGAAAUGUGUUUUGUAAUUGUGUUCAUAUAAGUACUGAGUUUGUCUUGGCAAAAAGAUUCUCAAAUAUUUUAUAUUGUCUAGAAUGAUUGUAAAUUGAGUUUCUCUAUCUCUUGUUGCUGAUUUAUUUUUGGAAAUAUAUAAAAAUGCUGAUUGUUUAUGUGGGUUUAUUUUGUGUUGUAUAAUUUAGGAUUUGCUCCCCAGAACACUAAAUCCCAGUUUCCCACUUUCCUUCUCACAUUACAUCCUUACCUUUUGGUGAUAAAGUUUGUGUGUGACCCCACCUGGCACUCUUCUUCCUGUGAUCUCCCUGAGGAUGCAGGCUUUCUGCCAGCCAGGAGAAUCUACACACAUGGGUUUUCUCUUUCUUAGAUAAUUAGGCUUGAAAUUCUAUUUCUUUUAGUUUAUUUUCUUUCUACUUCAAGUGAUUAUUAAUAAACUUUAUAAAAUAUAAUACUUAGAGUUAUUGGCUAUUAAUUUAAAUUUUACAUUGUGGCAACCAGAAGUUGGAAGUUUAGAAUUCUUCCUCCUCUCAAAGUUGGUAGAGCAAUUUUUUAAUAGACAAAGACAGUUUAGUUUUAAAAGCCUUUGAUGCCUUCCCUGCUCCUCUUCCCACUGCUGCUGCUCCCACCCACAGCUGCUAUUUCUAUUGCUUUUCCCAUUAGCAAACUGGCUGGGGGUCCUUGUGAAACAUUUUCUGAGCUGAGGCUGACAGAUUAAAUCCCCCUUUCUUUUGCAUUACUAAUACCUAGGUGCUUACUGCUACCUUGGAAGCCCAGGUGUUUGUUUUAAGCAACAAUUAGCCUCCUAUUAGCUUUUACCUGAGGAGAUGCUUCCACCCUCUUAACUCCUUGCCUACAUAGCUGAGGAGAGCAAUCAAGGGGAGCAGCAGUCCCUGCCCAUAUGACAGUGGAAGCAAGUGGUUCCCUGGCUUUUUUACCCCUUGGGGGAGGGGAAGGAAGGUUACUUUUCCAAACAUGUUAACUUUAGCCAGUGCAUAUUAGGGUAGUACCACCUAAGGAGAGGAAGUAGAAUUGCAAACAUGGGCUAUUUUGUGAAAGAGCAGAUGGGGUUCGACUGUACUAUUCCCAGUGCUGGUAUGGGGAACCUCAGAAGUGUGACCUGUUAAGAGAGUUUUUCUUAAUUUUUCUCUUUUUAUACUUAAGAGGCAAGGGAGCAAAAAGAUUUCUGAGUAAGAGAUCCCCUGCUGUGCACAUGGUCAGUUGGUGACAGAAGGGUGGGCUUUUGGGCUGUGGGUCUCCUGGGGAGAGGAGUGUGUGUGACUCGCUCUCUUUGGGCCUGUUGGAGUCAGAGAAAUGGAUUUAAGGCCUUAGUAGCCUUAUUGAUUAUUAUCUUGGGUAGAUAGGUAGAUAGUGGGUAAACUCUUAGAUAUUCCUGUAACAGUUAAAAUUUAGGAAUAUGAGGAGACUGAGGCAGGUAGAAAUUAGUUUCUCUCUGCAAGAGUAUUAUAUUUUUUAGAGGUUUAUUAAGGAUUAAGGACUAAAGAAUAUACAAGUAAGAAACAUGUGCCUAGGCCACAGGCCUAGACAAAAUAACCUCACAUCAUGGAAGAGAUGCCUCUGCUCCAAAACGGAAGUCCAAAAAGAGCCCCAAAGACCUUUGCCACAAGCUUAAAUCCUUCCUCGAUCUCGGCCCACCUCAGAAUUCCUGUGAGAUUACAAAGAAUUUUGGGGAAGUGGAGCAAAGGCUUGUGGGGAUUUUAGUCCUGUAUUCAAGUCUAUUUUUUACAUUCCCCCGUUUGAUCCUCUGGGAAGAAGUCCUUCCCCAAAGGAUCAUAAAAACAUAAUCAAUUUAAAGAUUACAAUAAUUUGAGGAUAAAAGAAAAAAAAACCCAAUUAUUGCUGAAUGCAUUGACAAAAAGCCAGUUAGGGGGCAGUCCCCUUUGGCAUGAAAGUAUACAUACAAAUAAAUGUUCAAUCAACCACACCCAAAGUUCAAUUUUGUGCAACUUGUGGUCUGGAGGCUUCUUCAUGGUGGCUUCUCCAACAGUUCAGUUCUGGAUUCAGAGAGGUAGCAUCUUCUUUACCUAAAAUUCUUCUCAAAAGGAAUCUAAACUUUGCAAUUUAAAUAAUGAUAUUUUUUACCCAGAGUAGAAAAGUUAAGCCAGAGCCUGGUUCAAGCAGAAGGCACUGCCCUCGAAGGCAGAUAGAUUUAAGGUUUUCUAGAAAAAUUUUAGUUAUGAUAGGGAUCUUAGGAAUAGUUAUAAGCUAUUAUAAGAUUACUCUCACUUUCCUCCUUUCUAUUUCCUAAUAAUAAACUAAGUGUUUUGUGUUUAAGAAGCUGUUCUCCUGACUUACUGUAACUUCUAUCCCCAAAAUUUAACUAUUCACAUCCUGGCAAACCAGCUAGGAGUUUGAUUAAUCUAUUGAUCUUCUGUUAUUUCCAAUAUUGGGAAAAGGAUAGGAGUGUAACCAUGUUGUCUGAUAUCAUGGUCCAGUUAGUGAAGGAGGUGGUGCUAAGUUACCUUCAACAAUUCCCAUUUCCUGGGACCUUCACUGAGAUUUAAAAUAUCACAGUUUUUUAUUGUCUCUGGUUUGUACCACUUAUGGGAGUAUUUGUGCUGUCUGAAUUGUUUCAGGGGGGUACUAUCUAUAUCAAGUAUUUAGUUUAAUCCUUACUAAGAAAAGGAAACAACUAAAAGAGAUUAAUGGAGACUAGAUUUUCAUAUCUUUAGGAUUGCAUCUCUCAAUUGACUAAUACUAUUGCCUACCAAACUGAAACUAUCUCUAAAGUUGAAGAUAGUAUCUCAGAAUUGACUGAAACUAGGUCUCGCUUGUUUCAAACUAACUCUCCUACUGUUUCUAAUUCUCCCAUCGAGGCUGAAAAAAAAAACAAAAACACAAAAGAAAAAAGAUACAAACCCUAGCCUAUCCCCUUAAAAAAAACCCUUACCUUCCAUCUUGGAAUCAGUACUGUGUAUUGGUUCCAAGGCAGAAGAGUGGUAAGGGCUAGGCAAUGGGGAUUAAGUGACUUGCCCAGGGUCACACAGCUGGGAAGUAUCUAAGGUCAGACUUUAACCUAGGACCUCCUGUCUCUAGGGCUGGCUCUCAAUCCACUGAACUUCCUCGUUGCCCCCCCCCCCCCAUUCCCUUUAAGAGAAGUACUGAUUUAUAAUCCAAAGAAGAAAGAGUUCAUAACUAUUAUGUGCAACAAAUCAUUUACCCCUCAGUAUAUGGAGGGAUUUAAGUGCAUCAUUCUUUUUUGAGGGGAAGCCCACAGCUGUGAUUUUUAAAAAGCUAGAGAAGAUAUGCAGGUAAUUUGAUCCAACUUGGAUUGAUUUUAAAUGUUUUCUAGAAGAGUUACUAACUAAAAGGGAAAAGGAUAAAGGUAUCAAGCUUACCAAUGAGGAGUGUGAUGCAGCUCACUGGCCUGAGAAUGACCUUCAUUGGGACACUAAUGUUAAAAAAGACUGAGAUUAUGUCAUGGUAGGGAGGCAGUUCUGAAUACAAUGAGAGCAUGUUCAGAUAGACCUGGUACUUGGACAAAAUUUGAAAAUUUAAAGCAAGAGAUAAGAGAAAAUCCUUCUCAGUUCAUGGACAAACUUAUAGAACUGGGAGUAAGAUACAUAGACAUUGAUUUAACAACUGAGAAGGCAAUUUGUAAGAAACUGUGGCAAAGUAGUCAAGGACUAUUUUGAAACCAGUUGCUGUAACUGGAUAAAUAUGGACCUUGAUGAGUUAAGGAGAGUGGCAGUUUAUGUUUAUCAUGGGCAUGAAAUGAAAGAUGCCAAUGAUAGUGAUUUUGUAGAUGCAUUAAGAAAGAAGAUAAAAGCAUUAAAGGGAAAAUUUGAUAAACUUGAAAAAGGUGAUACAAGUUUUGGACUAACCAGGGCUCCAGUGUGAGAAUAUAUAAUCCAAAGAGAAUCUACAAACCAGAGGCCAGUUGUGUUACUUGUACAGGAAAAGGAGACACCUGAUGAUAAAUCACAGAUGCUGGAAUCAAAUAUUCAGCAAAUUUAGAAAUAAUGGUGGGAACUUUAGGAAUAACUAUUCUAGGAACAACUAUCCUAGAAAUAAUAAUAACAAUAGAAAUAAUUUCUGAAGUAACAAUUUUGGAAAUUAUGGGAAUGAUAGAAACAGUAACCAAACUGAGGCAAAUGACUUGUUACAAUAUAUUCAUAAUGGAGCACAUCCAUGUACUAGCCAAAAUGUAAAUCCUCCUCAAUGAGAGGAAUCUCAGAAGAGUGGAAAUGUUCCUUCACAAAGGUUUGCCAGGGGAGAAAGGUCUCUGGAAUCAAAUAGUGAAAUAUUUUAUUUUCCAGAUGCUGAUAACAUUUCACCAGUCAUCCCAGUCCACUCUCUCCUACAUAGCAACUAACCACAUGUGACACUGAAAGAAGGGAAUAUGUUAUAUUAUUGUCUUCUAGAUAUUGGGGCAUCAAGAUCUGUGCUAAUGAAUACUCCUGAUCCCGAUUAUAAUACUAUUGGCUCUAUUAAUGUUGUUGGAGUGUCUUGAACUUUUGUAAGUCUGUUGGACCUUUAUCCAUGGAACAUUUAUUUCUACUAAUGCCUAAUUCCCCUAUGAACUUAUUGGGGAGAGAUCUGUUGUGUACAUUAAGAGUCACGAUAAUAUAUACUCAUGAUGGUGAUAUUACAUUAGAACUUCCUGAAGAAGGUGGAUAAAACCCUUACCUUUAAAAUACAUUGUAACAUCAUUCUUUGCUUGAAAUGAUGCAAAAAAUGUUGUAAAUGUAAAUUAAUGUUGUUAACAUUUGUAUUCAUCAUUAAUAAUAUUAAUGUUUGUACUUAACACUAAUUUCCAGAGUUCCAUUUUAUAAUCUAGGAACUAUAAAUGAAAUGUAAAAACUCUUACAGGGGAUAUAAUGUAUAUAAAGAAUUUUCAAUGCAUUCCAUUUCAAGUACUGCUAACAAUCCCUACAGCAAUCAAGAUAAGAGAGAGGACAUUGUGGAUGAGAGGUGAGAAUCAAGAAUAAGACUAUAGAUACAACUGAACUCUGUUUUUAAGGACAUUUAACUCAUGAAGGAUAACUGGACUAUUUUCAAGGACAUUAUUUGCAAGGACAAUGGACUACAACUUGAGAUCAUUUGCACAGACACUGUACUACAAGGACUACUACAAAUGGACAUUAUUUAAAGGAUACUGAACUUUGCAUUUAAAUAAAAGGUUUCUCAUACAUAAAGGUCUGAAAUGGAAUGUAAUGGCAAGUGGAUAGUUUAUGUUAUAUUGUUAUUUAUUAUACAUAUUAUUAUAUAAUAGGAUUUAUUAGUUCUAUGUCAAAUAAUUAUUAUAAUUUAUAGGAUUAUAGAAAAGUUAUAGAUAUAAUAUACUUUUAUUGAAAAAAUUAAAAUUAAAUGAUAAGAUAAUAAGUAAAUGGCAAAGUGUUAUAAAUGUUGAUCAAGAUCCACUUCAGGGGGGGAUAUAUUAGAUGUAUAUAAUACAUAUAUAAGGUAGAUAUUAGAUGUAUAUAAUGAUUAUAGAAGAUUCUUGUUUAGUUUUCUUGUUUAUUUUUUAUGGAUAUAGUAAUUGUAAGGUGUAUUUGAAUUAAUAUCUUUUGGUUCUUAUUUCUGUAAAGUAUAAGAAUAGGUUUUUUAUGUAAAGUAUAGUAUGAAUUUUGCAACUCUGUAACAGAAAUAUUUGUAAUUGUAUAUUAUUUGAGACUUGCAUGUUGUAAGAAUUGUUUUCCUUUCUUUCUCUCUUUACUUCUCCCUGUUUAAAAUAUAGAGUAUAGGAUACUUUUGUUUGAAAGAUACAUUGGGGAUACUAGUCUCCCAACAGAUCUCAAGGGGAAUAUGUUAAGAGAUUUUUUCUUAAUUUCUCCCUUUUUAUAUUUAAGAGGCAAGGGAGAAAAACGAUUUCUGAGUAAGAGACCCCCUGCUGUGCAAACAGUCAGUUGAUGACAGAAGGGUGUGACUGAGAGUUAGUCAGUUACAGCUGGCAGUUGGAAAAGGGGCUUCUGGGCUCUGGGUCUCCUGGGGAGUGGAGUGUGUGACUCGCUCUCUCUCUGGGACUGUUGGAGUCAGAGAAAUGGAUUUAAGGCCUUAACAGCCUUAUUAGUUAUUGAUUAUCUUGGGUAGAUAGGUAGGUAGUGGAUAAACUAUUAGAUAGUCAAGAGUAGAGAAGUUAGGCCAGAGUCUGACUCUAGCCAUAGGCAUAUAGAUUUAGGGUUAUCUAGAAAAAUUUUAGUUAGAAUUGGAAUCUUAGGUAUAGUUAUAAGCUAUUAUAAGAUUACUCUCACUUUCUUCCUUUCUAUUUCCUAUCUAUACUUUCCUAAUAAUAAACUAAGCAUUUUGUGUUUAA